AUGCAGAUGAUGCCUUCCUAUUCCCAUCCAACCCCCCCGGCCUCGCCCCAACAACGCCUUACCGAACUGAGCGUCUUGUUCGAAACGAGUCUGGGAGAUCUGGUGCUCGACUUGGACGUCGACCGCUGCCCGAAGACGAGCGAGAGCUUCCUCAAGCUCUGCAAGACCUACUACUACAACUUCUGCUCGUUCUUCAACGUGCAGAAAGACUUCAUUGCCCAGACGGAGGACCCGACUGAUCUGGGCACAGGGGGGGAGUCGAUCUGGGCGCGACUUCCGCCGAGCGGCUCGCGGGCGGGUGAUGAGCAUGGAAAGCAACACUUCAAGCCGACGGGGGACGCUGGGGAUGGCGGUAUCCGAGGGGAAGAGCGGGAGCUAGUUCUAUCUGACGGGCUGAGCGAGCUGGACGGGAAGCACGUGGUGUUUGGGAGACUGGUGGAGGGGUUCGAGGGGCUGGAGCAGAUCAACGAGGCCUUAGUGGACGAGCAGGGCCGGCCGUUGCGGGAGAUCCGACUGCGGCACGUGGUGGUGCUCGACGACCCGUUCCCGGACCCCAGGCCGCCAAACGCAGACGACGAGGAGCUGGACGAGGAUCUGGAGCCGAGUGAGGUGAAGGAGCGUCGACGGGAGCGCGAGGCCCGCGCGCAGGCUCUGACGCUGGAGAUGGUCGGCGACCUCCCGUUCGCCGAGCUCGCCCCGCCCGAAAACAUCCUCUUCGUCUGCAAGCUCAACCCCAUCACCCGCUCCGAAGACCUCGAGCUCAUCUUCUCCCGCUUCGGCCCCAUCCCCUCCUGCGAAGUCAUCAAAGACCCCAAGACACAGGAUUCUCUGCAGUACGCAUUCAUCGAGUUCGACCAGCGAGAGGACGCGGAACGGGCCUACUUCAAGAUGGACGGCGUGCUCAUCGACGACCGCCGGAUCCACGUCGACUUCUCCCAAUCAGUCUCCAAGCUACAUUCCGACUGGAUCUUCAAGCGCACCGGCACCCGCGUCAAGCCUGGCCAGCGCUGUGCACAGCGCCCCCGCAAGCUGCCCGGGCCGGGGCCGUCAAGACGGGACGACCGGAGACAUGACGAUCGGAGACAUGACGAGCGGAGACAGGACGAGAGGAGACAUGAUGACCGGAGACAUGAUGAUCGGAGACAGGUCGACCGGAGACAUGAUCUCACCCUCGCCGAUGUUGGUAGCUUGUCGGACGGUCAACAAAUCCUUGGACCAUCGACGACCGAUCGACCUUCCAAAAAACGGCGGAUAUCCCAACUGGCUGAUAAACAGAACCAAGUCGACGAUGACAUCGAGGUGGAUGAUGUGGCUCCCAAAAAGGGAAUCUACCAAGUAACUAUUAUGUCUACUCCCUACACCACAUACCGGGCGCUUCUCUUAUACAUUUAA